AGUCCCCACCACCACAGCAAGUCACACACGGAGACGGCGGUCUCUCUCCCGCAUCGCCGCCAUGGACCCGCAGAGGGAAGCAUUACAACGAAUUAUCACAACACUAGCAAACAAAGAUGAUGAAAUUCAGAAUUUCAUUGAAACAUUGAACCAUACUCUGAAAAAUGUUCAGGCCAAUUCUAUUCAGGUGAUGGUAGACCUAGAGGAAGAAUUCAAUACAAUCCAGGCUACCGUGGAUGAAAUGAAGGAAAGCAUGAUGAAUAAGAUUAAACAAGAGCAAGGAUACAAGACACAAGAACUCCAGAACCAGUUGACCAUGUGCACAAAUGCAUUAGAAAGUUCAGAGGAGUUACUGGAUUAUGCAAAUCGGACUCUAGAUACAGAUGACCCUGAAUCUUUCGGAAAGGCUGCAAAACAGAUCAAGGAUAGGGUCACAAUGGCUCCAGCAUUUCGACUGUGUUUAAAGCUAAAGAUCAGCGACAACAUGACUCAUUUAAUGGUUGACUUCUCCCAGGAGAAGGAGAUGCUCAAGUCACUAAAAUUUUUACCAGUUCCACGGGCUCCUGAGAUCGAUCCAGCAGAAUGUCUGGUUGCCGAUAACUGUGCUACUAUAAGUUGGAGAAUGCCAGGCGAAGAUGAUAAGAUUGAUCAUUACAUACUAGAGUACAGGAAAACAAACUUUGAAGGACCUCCUCGGAUAAAAGAGGAACGAAACUGGGAAGCAGUUGAUAGCAUCAAAAAGACCGAAUAUAUGUUAUCAGUUUUGACAUUUGAAUCAAAGUACAUGAACUUUCGGGUCAGAGCUUGUAACAAGGCUGUGGCGGGGGAUUACUCUGAACCGAUCACCUUGGAGACAAAAGGUUUUAACUUUGCCUUUGAUGGUACAACUUCACAUCAGAACCUCAAAGUUGAAGAUUUUAGUGUUGAAUGGGAUUCUUCAGGAGGCAAGGGACAGGAAAGCAAAGUUAAAGGGAAAGAGAACAAGGGCAGUGGCCAGGUUUCCUUGGUGAAGAACAAAUCGAGAAGUGGUACACCGUCUCCAAAAAGGACUUCAACCACUUGCCGACCAGCGUCAGCUAGAAGUAACCGAGAUCGUUUUACUGGUGAAUCUUAUACAGUGUUAGGUGACUCGGUGAUUGAAAGUGGUCAGCAUUACUGGGAAGUAAAUGCUCAAAAAGACUGCAAAUGCUAUAGUAUGGGUGUAUCCUACAGAAAUUUAGGAAAAUUUGACCAGCUGGGGAAGACUAAUACUUCAUGGUGUAUUCAUAUUAACAACUGGUUGCAGACCUCCUUUGCAGCCAAACAUAAUAACAAAGCCAAAACCAUGGACAUGCCAGUUCCAAAAAAAAUUGGUGUGUACUGCGAUUAUGAUGGAGGUCAUAUUUCCUUUUAUAAUGCAGAUACCAAACAGUUGUUACAUACUUUCAGGACAAAAUUUACUCAACCGGUAGUUCCUGCAUUUAUGGUUUGGUGUGGUGGCUUAACCUUGCACACGGGGCUUCAGGUGCCGAGCAGUGUAAAGUCCUUUCAGAAGGGUGAUGGAUUGAGCGGCUCUGCAAAUAGUUUAAUUAGCCUUCCCCAGUAAUCGUUUGUCUCGCAUUGACCUGUAUAGAGUGGUGAUUUUUAAUGAUUUGCUGAUUUGGAAUUUUGUGCGGUAUAUGGAAUGGUUUACAUGGGUUUGAUUUGUUGGACCAUUCCCAUUUUUCAAUUUUCCUGUUCUUUCACAUCUGCUUAUGACCAAAAUUUUGUCUCGGGCAAAGGUUGUUCGUACAUAACUCAGGGUUAAACCUGUGGCCAGUCCUCCAUGCACCAUUUUCUGUCAAUUUCCUAAACAUCCAUGGUAUUAAGUAUUUUUGACAGGCAACUUGUUUCUUUCACCCUCCACACGCACACACAGACACACGCUUGUAAUCUUGAUACUUUCUCUGACUCAGAAGAGCAACACCAUGUCACCAAAGGAAUCAUAAUCAUUCCAUGGCUUGAUGUAAGGGGUUGGCUUUCUAGAAUAAAGGCGGAUUAUUUCUUGAGAGUGGGGUAGCUGUACCAGAGUGGUAGAGAAUUGACAAAAUGUGUUGCGUUGUUGUUAAUCAUGGAGUUGAAAUCCAUGGUUGCAGCAUUAUCGAGAGAACCAGAGCCGUAAUGCUAAGAAUCCCCUUAAAUAUGCACUCCCUGUAUUGUGACCGGAUGGUGCGAACUAUACUAUAAAUAGAGUAAGGUGUGAGCAAUCACAACUUUGAGCAAAAGCUUCCAUUAUUUGAACGAGAAAUCGCAUACCAGUAUCGUGGUAAAAUUUGACCAGCAUCUGAAAUGAUUACAUUUCCAGGCCUGAAAUAAUCAUAAAAUAGUGUUUGCCUUGUCUUGCAUUUGGCUUUAGAUUAUUUAGGUAACACUGAAAUGUGGAAAUCUUUUAAAGCAAAUUGACAGUAUGUUCGGAGUUUAAAAAGUGAAGCAUUUAUGAUGUGUUACUUUUACUAGAGUGUUAUAGUUUGUUGGACUGGGUGGACAUAUUUGACCUUUGUCUAGGUUGAAAAAGUUUAAUGCAGUCAUCUAUCUACGUUCCGCAUGAAAUGAUUGAAUUGAGAUCCGUUCUAAGAGAGCUUGUAAUGACCCGGAUUGUGCUUGGGAUUCUCCAAGGUAAUACAAGCAACCUGUAUUGUAAAAAGUCUUAACUGAAAUUUAUUUUGGUAUAGUUACAUUUGGAGCGUGUUCAGUGACUGUACACUUGUAUAAGUAUACAAGUGUCAAUUAGCAUGUGUUGUUAUCAUGUGACUCUGCUUCAAAAUCCGAGGGCUGAGGUUUAUGUAGUGUGACUGAAUUUAGCCCAGUCUGAUUUUAAAUUCAAUCCAGGGCUCAGAUUUAUCAGGCAGUUUUAUUAUGAUAUCAGCAUUUUUUGUAAACUAAUUAAUCUUUUUUCCUACUGUGCUGCCAGAUUCUGCUAUUCUACACAACUACUUGUAAACCAUUCCCAGGCUGUGCUUCUAUGCACUGAAACCCCUUCAUUUACGUUAUUUCCCAUCCAGUCUGUUCAUAACAUCCAAAACUGUCAGAAUGCAUCUCAUUACAAUUUCUCAUCAUUAUUAAUUUUCUUCAUUUACUCUUGGUCUGAAUUCCAACCAGAAAGUGUAAUGUGAUUUCUGCAUUUUAAUACCUUCAGUUUUCCUCCAAUUUGUAUUGGAGUUAGUUGGUUAUAAACGAGUACAUUUGAUGUUAAGUGUGACUAUUGUGGUUAAAUAAGUCACUACAAUAAUAAUAAUAAAUAAGUCACUACAAUGUUAAUAAUAAUACAAUAAUAAUAAUAAUUAUUAGAUGCUGUUCAGGCUUGCAUUUGGACUGAAGGACUGACUGAUUAGCAUGUAGCUGAAUACAUAUCACUUGAAAUAGUUGGACUUCCAGACCAUUUCAAUUGUUCCUUUACAUUUCAAUUUCCUAAUGCUUGGAUAUAUUUUAUUAUUGUUUGAUUUGUUUACUAAUAAAACUGCAUUACUAUAUUUUGUAAUGGUUCUAAUAGUGAGAUUUUUUAAUUAAGUGUUUUGAAGGACUCAUAAUUACUGAAUACUAUUCAGGGUAGCUUUGCUAAAAUGCUAUUUGCAUACAUGUGUAUGUGUGGAGAAGGAAUUUGUUUUGAUAACAACUAUGGCUUUAGAUUUGGACAAUGGUUCCAUAUUCAAGGAUGCCAGGUAAAUAUUUCAGCAUUGAAAAUUAAUUGGAUUUCUUGCGGCAGUAUGUUUUGGAGUUAGUUACCUGCGGAUUAUGAUGUCUUUAGACUUGCCUUCUGUUUGUAUGAGCCAUGUGACAUCAAGUUAAUUGGAUUGGGUACUUGCCGAAAUUAACCCGCAGUGCAACAACUUUCUGUGGAUGUUUAAAAGGCAAUGGACUGGUUCUUUCUUAACUCAUCAUGUUUCCUCAAAUGCAUGCUUUGCUGUUAAACACUAAAUAUAAAAUGUAAGUAAUCCUAUGAUUAUCACAUACCAUUCUAUAGUGUGGGCUAUAAACACUUACAGAUUCAGAAUUUGGCUACCUGUAACAGAUGUUUUAUAAUUUCUGUGCAAUCCACCUUAAUAGCAAAAUAUUGGCUCUAUUGAAUGCUAGACACUGCUAGAUUCAACUAAAGUAUUGAUUCUAUUUAACAGCUUUUUGGAGUUGUGUGCCUUCUGUGUAUAGUUUUAUAUAGUCGUGUACUUCUGCUUGCCAGUAAAAUAUGAUUAUUUUUAUUUCAUGGUUCGAACAGAUAAUGCGAUCAGGAUGAAUAUAUAAAUGGGUAUGUGGUCAUGGAUUUUUUUAAGCCUCUUCUAUAGUUAAUUGAAUUUGAACUAUAAAUUAAUCUUGUGUCAACUGUUCAUAGAAACUCCUGUAAAUUGGGUAAUGUGUUGGACUCCUACACAAAGGAUGCAAAAGCAGAACAUUGUUUGGUUCAUUUUGAGCUGAAACCUUUACACAUUUCUGGACCGAAAGAUGCCAUAAGGCUUCACCCAGCUAGAUGUUUACCUGAUUACAAUACCUGUACUUGUGUAAGCAGAACACUAUACUGUCUUAAAAGCAAGUGUCAAGUUUAAUCCAACAAUACCUAUCCUUUUCCAAGAGUUUUAAACUCUGUGCUGCGAUGUUUUCGAGGAACCUAAUGAGUAACUUAACACAAUAUGUGUGGGGAAAGGGGGGAGGAGUGGCAGUGUCCACGCUGUUUAUGCCUGGGAUGACCUGGAUAACACUGGGAUGAGCUGUAUAACAUUAGUAGUACAAUGCUCAGCUACAGAGUAAAAAUAUUUAUGGGGAUGUUGUCCUACAAAGAAUGAACUAAAUUAUAUAGAAACUUCCUUUCAGCCCACCUUAAAAUAGUAAUAAAUAUGCAAAGUUACCUACCUUUAUUUCAACAACUGCACAUGGUUUAAAACACUUUGUAAGGGAUUAUUUUUGAAUAAACUGACUUAAUAGAUUGUUUCCCCUUUAAUAAGGGGAACGUUGUAUUUGCUGCUACUAUUGCUAAGUGGAAUAUUAUUCACUAACCCUACAAACUGCAACUGCUGAGAAAACCCACUAUUACACACCUUUGCUAUGCAGUUUCAACAGUAGUUGAACUAAUUACUCAGGGUAGAAAUUACCAAAUAUAAAGCGAAAAGAAAACGGAUCAUGGCAUCUGCACAAUAAAAUUUGCUUUGAAAAUUG